UUUGGGAAAGCAGCAGCACCAGAUCCAAGAUGGCGGCCAGCAGGAGGCUGAUGAAGGAGCUUGAAGAGAUCCGCAAACGUGGAAUGAAAAACUUCCGUAACAUCCAGGUUGAUGAAGCUAAUUUAUUGACUUGGCAAGGGCUUAUUGUUCCUGACAACCCUCCAUAUGAUAAGGGAGCCUUCAGAAUUGAAAUCAACUUUCCAGCAGAGUAUCCAUUCAAACCACCCAAGAUCACAUUUAAAACAAAGAUCUACCACCCUAACAUCGAUGAGAAGGGGCAGGUCUGUCUGCCAGUCAUUAGUGCUGAAAACUGGAAGCUAGCCACCAAGACUGACCAAGUAAUCCAGUCCCUCAUAGCACUGGUGAAUGACCCCCAGCCUGAGCACCCACUCCGGGCUGACCUAGCUGAAGAAUACUCUAAGGACCGUAAAAAAUUCUGUAAGAAUGCUGAAGAGUUUACAAAGAAAUAUGGGGAAAAGCGACCUGUGGACUAAAAUCUGCCAUGAGUGAUUCCAGUAAGUUUGAGCAGAGACCCCGAGCAGUGCAUUCAGACACCCCGCAAAGCAGGACUCUGUGGAAAUUGACACGUGACACCAACUGGUGUCCGCUUGUGGCAGUUACUAACUUUCUACAGUUUUCUUAAUCAAAAGUGGUCUAGGUAACCUGUAAAGAAGGAUUAAAAAAUUCAGAUGUUCUAA